AUGGAGCACACGCACGCCCACCUCGUAGCCAACAGCUCGCUGUCCUGGGCACCCUGUGGCUUGGGCGUCGUGCCCGUGGUCUACUACAGCCUCUUGCUGUGCCUCGGUUUACCAGCAAAUAUCUUGACAGUGAUCAUCCUCUCCCGGCUGGUGGCUAGAAGGCAAAAGUCCUCCUACAACUAUCUCUUAGCACUUGCUGCUGCAGACAUCUUGGUCCUCUUUUUCAUUGUGUUUGUGGACUUCCUGUUGGAAGAUUUCAUCUUGAACAUGCAGAUGCCUCAGGUCCCCAACAAGAUCAUCGAAGUGCUGGAGUUCUCUUCCAUCCACACCUCCAUUUGGAUUACUGUUCCAUUAACAAUUGACAGGUAUAUCGCCGUCUGCCACCCACUCAAAUACCACACAGUCUCCUACCCAGCCCGCACCCGGAAAGUCAUUGUGAGUGUUUACAUCACCUGCUUCCUGACCAGCAUCCCCUACUACUGGUGGCCCAACAUCUGGACUGAAGACUACAUCAGCACUUCCAUGCAUCACAUCCUUAUCUGGGUGCACUGCUUCACUGUGUACCUGGUGCCCUGCUCAAUCUUCUUCAUCUUGAACUCCAUCAUUGUGUACAAGCUCAGGAGAAAGAGCAAUUUUCGUCUCCGUGGCUACUCCACAGGGAAAACCACUGCCAUCCUGUUCACCAUUACCUCCAUCUUUGCCACACUCUGGGCCCCCCGAAUCAUCAUGAUUCUCUAUCAUCUUUAUGGGGCUCCCAUCCGGAACCGCUGGCUGGUGCACAUCAUGUCUGAUGUUGCCAACAUGCUGGCCCUUCUGAACACAGCCAUCAACUUCUUCCUCUACUGCUUCAUCAGCAAGCGGUUCCGUACCAUGGCAGCCGCCACGCUCAAGGCCUUCUUCAAGUGCCAGAAGCAACCAGUACAGUUCUACACCAACCAUAACUUUUCCAUAACAAGUAGCCCUUGGAUCUCGCCGGCAAACUCACACUGUAUCAAGAUGCUGGUGUACCAGUAUGACAAAAAUGGGAAACCCAUAAAAGUAUCCCCAUGA